CAAAACACUCUCUCUCUCUCUCUGGUUUACUUUUUGUGACUCACCUUCUCUCUCCUCUCUCUCUCUACACAGAGCGACAAUGGCGUCUCUCUUCAGAGACCGAACCUUCGGCCAUUCCAAGAGAGACUCCUUCUCCUCCUCCUCCUCCAUCACCAACACCGCCGCCACCGCCUCUCCUUCCUCCGCCACCUCCCGCUUCACCGCCGCCGCCAAUUCCGCCGCUCUCCCCUUCCCAUUCGGCGACCUGACCCCCACACUCUCAGAUGCCGACCUCCGCGCCACCGCCUACGAGAUCUUCGUCUCCGCCAACCGCGCCUCCUCCUCCAGGCCGCUCGCCUACACUCCUAGCAACGGCCACGCCAAUUCCCCCAACAACAGCAGCCCCGGCGGCGCGAAUGCUAAUCUGCAGAGGUCGCUCACGUCGGCGGCGGCGUCGAAGAUGAAGAAGGCGCUGGGGAUGAGAUCCACCAGCUCGAAGCGGAGCUCCGAUUCGGGGAAUUCGGGCUCCGGAGGGAAGGUGAAGAAGCCGGUGACGGUCGGAGAGCUGAUGAGGAUUCAGAUGAGGAUCUCCGAGGCUGCUGAUUCGAGGAUUCGUAGGGGUUUGCUGAGGAUUUCCGCUGGGCAGGUUGGGAGAAGAAAUGAGUCGAUGAUUCUUCCACUGGAGCUAUUACAGCAAUUCAAAGCUUCUGAUUUUACUGAUCAAGAUGAAUACGAAGCAUGGCAGAAGAGAAACCUUAGAAUGCUGGAGGCUGGUCUUCUGCUGCACCCUCACUUGCCGCUGGAAAGGGGUAAUACUGCUGCUCAACGACUGCGACAGAUAAUUCAGGCAGCCUUGGAUCGGCCGAUAGAAACUGGGAGAAACAAUGAGUCCAUGCAAGUUCUGCGUACUACAGUAAUGGCGCUGGCAAAUAGAAUGUCUGAUGGUGCCCCACUUGAAUCUAGCCACUGGGCAGAUGGCUUCCCGCUGAAUCUCCGUCUUUAUGAAAUGCUUCUAGAAGCAUGUUUUGAUCUUAAUGAGGAGACAUCCUUUGUAGAGGAAGUUGAUGAGCUCAUGGAGCUCAUAAAGAAAACAUGGGGAGUCCUAGGGCUGAAUCAAAUGCUGCACAAUCUAUGCUUUACAUGGGUUUUGUUCAAUAGAUAUGUUGCAACCGGGCAAGUCGAAAAUGAUCUAUUAUGUGCUGCCGACAAUCAACUUGCUGAUGUCUCCAAAGAUGCUAAAAUGACUAAAGAUCCAGCUUAUGCUAAGAUAUUGAGUUCUGCAUUGACAGCCAUGUUGGGUUGGGCCGAGAAAAGACUCUUGGCUUAUCAUGAAACAUUUGACAGUGGGAAUAUUGAUUCUAUGCAAAGCAUUGUGUCCAUUGGGGUAGUGGCUGCUAAAAUAUUGGUUGAAGACAUCUCAAAUGAGUAUCGCCGAAGAAGGAAAAAUGAAGUGGAUGUGGCUCUUAGCAGGAUUGACACUUACAUUAGGUCGUCCCUUCGCACUGCAUUUGCUCAGAUGAUGGAAAAGGCUGACUCUAGCAGGAGAGCAUCAAGAAACCAGCUGAAUUCCCUUCCCGUCCUUGCCAUCCUGGCCAAGGAUGUUGGCGAGCUUGCAGUCAAAGAGAAGGACACGUUUAGUCCUAUCUUGAAGAUAUGGCACCCCUUUGCUGCAGGGGUUGCUGUUGCCACUCUACACGUUUGCUACGGGAACGAGCUGAAGCAAUUCAUUUCGGGCAUUACAGAAUUGACACCUGAUGCAGUACAAAUUUUGAGAGCUGCAGAUAAGUUGGAAAAAGAUCUGGUCCAAAUUGCAGUUGAAGACUCGGUGGAUAGUGAUGAUGGUGGGAAGGCCAUUAUUCGUGAGAUGCCUCCUUACGAAGCUGAAGGCGUGAUAGCCAAUUUGGUAAAAGCAUGGAUAAAGACGAGAUUAGACAGGCUAAAGGAAUGGGUUGAUAGAAAUCUUCAACAAGAGGAUUGGAAUCCCCGAGCAAAUCAAGAGGGAUUUGCUCCUUCAUCGGUAGAGGUUCUACGGAUAGUCGAUGAGACAUUAGAGGCGUUCUUUGAGCUGCCAAUACCGAUGCAUCCUGCAAUACUUCCGGACUUAGUGGCUGGCCUCGAUAAAUGUCUUCAAUAUUAUGCAACUAAAGCAAAAUCAGGCUGUGGAUCAAGAAACGUGUAUAUCCCUACAAUGCCAGCUUUAACAAGAUGCACCGUAGGAUCAUCAUUCAACUGGAAGAAGAAAGAGAAGUCGGGCACCUUGCAGAAGAGAAAUCCUCAGGUGGCUACUGUCAACGGAGAUAGCUCCACUGGGGUACCACAGCUAUGCGUACGUAUAAACUCGUUGCAUAAAAUAAGAUCAGAGUUGGAAGUUGUUGAGAAAAGAAUAAUUACCCUGUUGAGGAACUCGGAUUCAGCCCAUGUAGAAGAUUUCUCGAACGGGCUGGGGAAAAAGUUUGAGCUCACCCCGCCUACUUGCAUCGAUGCGGUACAACAGUUGUCCGAGGGCCUGGCUUAUAAAGUCGUCUUCCACGAUCUAAGCCAUGUUUUAUGGGAUUCUUUAUAUGUUGGCGAUGUUUCAUCAUCAAGAAUCGAGCCUUUCCUUCACGAACUCGAGCGGAAUCUGACCAUCGUGGCUGACACUGUUAACGAGAGAGUCCGUACACGCAUCAUAGCCGACGUAAUGAGAGCUUCCUUCGAUGGGUUUUUGUUGGUGCUGCUCGCUGGAGGCCCAUCACGCGCCUUUUCCAAGCAAGACUCAGCGGUAAUAGAGGAUGAUUUCAAGGCCCUCUCAGAUCUUUUCUCGGCCGAUGGGGAUGGUUUACCUGAUGAUAUAAUCGAUAAAUUCUCAGCCACGGUGCGGAACAUCAUCCCACUUCUCCGAACAGACACAGAGACCCUCAUUGAUCGGUUCAAACGCCUGACGUUGGAAGCAUACGGCUCCUCUGCCAAAGCUCGGCUCCCUCUACCUGCAACGUCGGGGCAAUGGAGCCCGACCGAACCCAACACUUUGCUACGAGUUCUGUGCUACAGGAACGACGAAGCUGCAACAAGGUUUCUCAAGAAAACCUACAAUCUGCCCAAGAAGCUGUAAGCUGUCACAGGCACCAUCAAAUCUGCCAUUACCGGGCUGGAGUUCAGCUCGGUCAAAGGUGCAAGCACGCCUUCGUGUCUGAGUUAGCAUCGUCUGCAACCUUCACCCUGGUGCAACUCGAAUACCCAAGGUUGCAUCAUUUUCUUGUACAGAUUUGGAGUCGUAGAAAAAUGUUGGAAGGAUGAAUAUUCCAAGGUUUGCUGUGAGAUUGCAUUUAUUCAUCUACAUAUCUAUUGAAAUUAUAUAUUUAGGCAGUAGAUUGACUGCAAUAUUGAUUGAUUGAAUUGAACCUAUAUUCAUUUGUUCUUUAAUGGUUGUCUUUUUGUGUUUGUCUAUAUAUGAAAUUGGUGUUUUGUGAUGAA